AACAUCCCACUGGAUUAUGCACUUAUUGUAAUGUACAAGAGACAGUGAAGCAUAUACUGUUAAGACAAAAUAUGAAGAAGAUAGGGCAGAAUUAAAGGCACAAAUGGAUGAACAGAGCAUGACACUUGAGCAUUUAUUAGGGAAAGCAUCUGGGAGAAUACACAAUUUAUUAAUGUUAUUUUUGAAAAACACGGGGUUAAGUGAAAGAAUUUAAUAGGGUUUUGUUUUCUUCUCUUCUCUCUCCACUCCUUUGAUGUCAGUCUAAUGCCCACACUCCAGUCUAGUAGGUGGCGGUAAUGCACCUUUGAGAUGAGUUGCCAACCGCCAUUAAACCUGAAAGAAGAAGAAGAAGAAGUUCGCGUAGUUCACCUGAUGCGCGUACAUCUUCAAACAGUAAAAAUGCCAGGUGGAUCAACUCUUCGGCAGUGCACCCAUUGCCUGGAAAAGAUCAAUUGUGCCAAUCGAAGAUGCACCAAGUGUGGGAAGCUGCUGGACAUGAAAUCCAGGCAGGCGGCCCGUAUAAAAGCAUUCCGGACCAGAGCCAAGGAAUGGGCACAAAAUGUCAAAAAGUCCCACAAUCGGGCAAAAAUCUUUGACAACAGUGCCCUGCUGGUGGAGAAAAUGAUGGCCCUUGGGUACUUUCCCCUCCUGCUAUGGGGAAAGUACAGACUGCAAAAUAAAAAGUGGGUGGCCCAGUUCCAGUGCCCAUUUGAGCUGCCAGUGGUAGUGGAUGCGGUCCUGGAGAAGAUAGUGUGGCUAUUUGAAGGUUUAUUAGAAGCAUGUGAUCCUGAUAGAGUGGAGUUGGGGCAGCAAGAGAGGACAGGAGAAGAUGUGGCAGAAAGAGAAAUGGAUGACAAAGACCAGAGAAGGCCAGGGGAGCUGCGUGAAAAAGGACAGACUGAGAGGAGGGACAUGCAGGAGAUGGAGAUAGAGGCCCAGGAAGACAGAGGAGAGAGUGAGAGAGUGGAGAGAGGAGAGAUGGAGGGACAGAAAGACUUAAAAGAGCUGGGACUGAUGGACACAGAAGAGAUGGAGGCAGACGAGAAGAGAGAACAGACAGAGGAAGUGGGAAAAAAAGAGAUUGAGGCGAAGAAGAAAGUAGUAGCAGCAAACAGGUAA